UAAAGGGACACUGAGCCAUUUCAUGGGCGAGGGCGAAAACAGCUGAAGCGCAGAAAAGCAGAUACAUGCAAAAUAGUCAGCAAGCAAAGGAGCUAGCUAGCUAUGUGGUCAGAGAGGAGAGGAGAGACGACAAGACGAGACGGAAAAUUUCGAUGAUCAACGAUGCAAUCAACUUCUCUUCGAAGAUAGCUAACGUUGGUGUUGAUAGCAAUCCGAUUGAUCUUUGAAUGUGAAAAGAGACACUUGAUGUGAAAUCGGACAGGGCUGUCCUGAAGCAAAGAUAAAAGGCAAAAAGUUAAACUCCGCUUCUGAGAUGAAGGAAAUGUCUAGUUAACACUUUAUGUGUCAAGCCUGUCUUCCCCUUCGUGUAGCUGAUAGUUACAGCUCUGGUUGAGGAGGCCAAGAGAGGAAAAAAGAGCAGAAGAAAGCGAAGAGAAAGAGGGAGAGAUAUAACGAAGGCAAGCUGACCGGCUAGACUCUCUGAAAGGCAGAGAGACACCAGUCACCAGAGGUGCUCGCCCCAAAAACAAAAAGGAAAAGUGGAAAAACAAAGGCAGAGGAAAAGAAAGAGAAGCCUUGGCUGUGUCUCUGUGAGGGGUUUCUCUGUGGAAUGCCCGUGUCAUGAUGCCGUCGCUGAGUCUCACCCUGCGUCCAGGUGACCAGGGAGGGCGUGUCGAGUCGUCAGCCAAUCACAGCAGGUGCUUUAGGAGAGUCAGUUCCUGUUUAUGUUCAUCAGUACUUCCUAUCAGAACCCUCCCGCCUCACUGACGUCCUGCCCCCUCGGUGGUAGGUAGUUCCUGUAUCCAUCUCUUCCAUCACUUCCUCUUCCUCCUGAAGCCCCACCCCUUACUGUCUGGCUGUGUGAGGAUGUGGUGCUAGCUGGCACUGUUCGUAACUAUGGUGAUAGUCAGGUAACCGUGGUAGGAGGAGUCUGUGGGCACAGCUUCCUGAUGUUGUGCCAGGUGCUGACGGGACAGGAGGGCACCAUCGAACGGACGUGUGAGGUGCUGUGCAACUCUGCUUCCUAGUUUACACUGAUGACAUCACAACAGGAAGUAUAGGACCUAUCUUACUGUAGAACGUCAAUCUCCGCCUCCUUGCACUUUCUAGAACUUCCUGUUGCUGCUACUUGACUUCCUGUUGCACAAAGUCUCUCAGACACUUUAAGGCUCUGUCCUCUAACCUCAGAACCCAAGCAGCCAUGAGGCACAUUCACGUAGAACUGACACACGGCAGCAAGGAGGAGCUGGCUCCUGUGGAGCUUCCAUCCCAGGAUGGGGACGUGCCUCUUCCCGCGGCCCCCUCACAGGUCCCCGACCUUGAGGUGAUGCGACCAGGGGUGGUGGUUCCCAAGCCCUUUGGUCAGGAGCAGCUGCGUCUCCAGAAGGUCUACCAGCUCUCCAUCUUCUCCCAGCUGGGGGGGUUCUCAGCCUCCGAGCUCCCCAGAACCAGUGAGGCCCAGCCGGGGCAGUUCCAGCCGGGUCAGGUCCAGCGGACUGACAGGGUGGGGGUCAAGAGGGGACAGGGUGGGGGUCAAGAGGAGUCCCAUCUAACCCACAAAUGGCCCCACCUGGCUGGGGACGUAGACAGGGAAAGGGAUGGAGGGGUGCUGUCAGGGUCAGGACCUGGGGUAGGGGUGGAUAUCGGAAUGGGGGUUGGAAUGGGGUUAGGGAUGGGGUUAGGGGUAGGGCAGGGGCCUGUAUCCUCCUGCAUCAUGGUGGAUCACAGAGACUCAGAUGAGGGCCUGUCGCCUAGAUCCCCCCCACCUGCCCCCCUCUCUCCGGGCCACACCCCCGCCAGACGCCCUGCCCAGCACAAUCACGACAGGCCCGUCCCGGACCUAUGGGCCUCGCUUUCGCCCAAACCAUCCCCCAUGGUCGAGCCCCACAGCCCCCCUGGCUCCCGCAACCCCUUACCCAGCACAGAGCCUCGUCCUGGGGGCGACGCGCCAGCCUGCUCCUUGGGCAAUCCCGGAGGGUCUGGGGAGGGCUGCAGUAGUGGCUCCUCAUUGGGACAGCAUCAGCCCAACUGCUGCACUGACGGCCCCCGUGGGGCCCUUGGGGCAUUCGACACCCUUAGUCCUCCUGGAGGACCUCCAGGCUCCCUCUCUCACCGCUUCCCUCCCACCACAGACCCCCAGGAGCCUGGGGAGGGUAGGGAGUGGGGGGCCAAGCCGGAGUCCUCACCGCCCCAUCCCAGUGCCACCGCCUUCAACUCCACCAACGGCCUGAGCUCCGUGGAGAAGACCCCCAGCACCAGCGGCCUGAGCUCCGUGGAGAAGACCCCCAGCACCAGCAGCCUCCGUGGGAUCUCUUCGGGUCCCUGCCCGGCCAAGAAGAAACUGCUAUCAUCCAGCGACACGGGAGAGUCGUGUUCGGAGGACGAGGGCCCCUCCACCUCUAAGAGGAGCCGUCUGGCCCUGCUGACCCCGGGGUUAGGGCUGGCCUCCUGCAGGGGCACCGAUGCCAAGGCUGCCCCCUUCUGGAAUCAUCUGCUGCCCAACGCACAGGGCCCGGACCACACCAAGAGUUUAUCAGAAUGCAGAGGAGCCAGCAGGAGGCUGAAAAGUGGGAUGCGCCUGAAAAGUCGACAGCUAUGUAGUGGGCGGCGUACAGACACCUUGGGUCGCACUGCUCGGUCAGGCUGGCCUUCUUCUUCCAUCAGCCGUUCACUACUGGGUAACUUUGAGGAGUCGAUCCUGAAGGGUCGUUUCUCUCCGUCGGGUCGUAUCGAGGGCUUCACAGCAGAGAUCGGCGCCAGUGGAUCCUACUGCCCUCAACACGCCACUCUGCCUGUACACGUCACUUACUACGACAUCUCAGAGCACAGCGCACCCUCGCCCUUCCUGGGGGUGAUCUCCUUGGAGCCUUUAGGAAAGAAGGGAUACAGCAUACCCAAAGCAGGGACCAUCCAAGUGACCUUAUUCAACCCCAAUAAAACUGUGGUGAAGAUGUUCCUCGUGACCUAUAACUUUGGGGACAUGCCCGUCAAUCACAUGACCUUCCUGCGUCACCGCAUCUUCCUGGUUCCCGUUGAGGAGGCGGGGCCAGAGGCGAAGGGGGAUGGGCCUCCAGAGCCCAGGGCCACGCCCACAGAGAGGAGGAAGAUUCUCUGCUACCUGAUACACCUCAGAUUCCAGAGCUCUAAAUCUGGGAAGAUCUACUUGCACAACGAUAUCCGGCUGCUAUUCUCCCGCAAGUCCAUCGAGGUGGACACGGGGAUCCCUUACGAGCUCAAAUCUUUCACAGAGGUGCCAAAAAACCCAAAAUACUCCCCCCGCGUGUGAGCCUAUGAUGAACCCGCGACCCCUGACCCCAUCACCAACGCAGCCCAUUCCUGGAACUGGGCACAGAGAGAUAAACAGACAGACAUGGACAAGAAAACUUGAAAAGAUUAUUAAUUCAAACACACAUAUAUAUACUGAGUAUACAAAACAUUAAGAACACCUUCCUAAUAUUGAGUUGCACCCCCCUUUUGCCCUCAGAACAGCCUCAAUUCAUCAGGACAUGGACUCUACAAGGUGGUGAAAACGUUCCACAGGGAUGCUGGAUCAUGUUGACUCCAAUGCUUCUCGCAGUUGUGUCAAGUUGGUUGGAUGUCCUCUGGGUGGUGGACCAUUCUUGAUACACAACUGUUGAGUGUGAAAAACCCAGCAGUGUUGCAGUUCUCAACACAAACCGGUGCGCCUGGCACCUACUGCCACACCCUGUUCAAAGGCACUUAAAUAUUUUGUCUUGCUCCUUCACCCUCUGAAUGGCACACAUACACAAUCCAUGUCUCAAUUGUCUCAAGGCUUAAAAAUCCCUCUUUAACCUGUCUCCUCCCCUUCAUCUACACUGUUUUGAAGUGGAUGUAACAAGUGACAUCAAUUUGGGACCAAAACUUUCAUUUGGAUUCACCUGGUCAUGGAAAGAGCAGGUGUACUUAAUGUUUUGUACAGUCAGUGUAUAUACAUACACAGAAACACACAUUUCCCACACAAAAUGCACAGACAAGCAUCGAUCAAUACAUGCACACAGGCAGAGCAGCCUCACAUGUAUACACAACUCACAGUACACAUGAACACUUGGUGGUGAAACUCAUCUAGAGUUGAGUGUUAACAUGCCUUGUGACUAAAACCAGUUUUCCUCUAGAGCUGUUUGUUUCACACACAAACAGUCGUUUACUCUGCCUGCACCCGCCCCCUCCCCAAUGGUGGACCAAUGACAACUCUGCCACCGCAACCAGCCAGUCAAUAGAAAGCCGGGAAGUCGCUAAUGACGCACACUUUGUAAGAAGAGGACUGGAGAGCCUUAAACAAGCACAUCCCAGUAAUGGGGGGGGGACAAAACAAACUUUAUUAAACCAUUAAACUGGAGAAGAGAUGAGAUGAGAGACAGAGGAACACUAGUGAAACAACGACUGAAUUCAAUCAAUGGAAGAAUAAAUAUUGGACGUCAGAUGUUUGACACAUCCUGCAAAACGCCAAAACAAUUGGCUACACUCAGGACUUAACUGUACUGUUUUUGAUUGAAGCCUACAGAUGAUCCAGUGAGCCCUUCCCCAUUUCAAGCAUCAUGGUACAGACCACUGUGUAGGUAGGAUGCAAGGGUAAGAGGACCAUACCAUGGUGUAGGUGGGCCCCUUUUUAUGUAGACUGGCGGAGGGACACUGUGUUUUCGUUUAUUUUCUGUUCAAAACAGUCCGAAAUGGGAGCAGGAAAAAAAACUGUAGUAUUUAAUUUGUUUUUUCAAAUGUCUUAAAUAGCAAUAUGCUGCAUAAAUAGAGAGUGUGUUUUCAUCCAGACGGCUGUCUGGAUCCCAAAACGUCCCCUAUUCCCUAUAUAGUGCACUACUUGUGACCAGAGGUCUAUGGGUCCUAUAUAGAGCCCUAUGGGUCCUGGUCACAAGUAGUGCACUACAUAGGGAAUAGGGGGCCUUUUGGGACACAGGCUUUCUCUGUGGAGAUGGCAUUGGAGUGAGGGAGGGAAGAAGUGA